CGCAACCAUUUCAGGACGACCGCGACCGCGAGGCAUACGUUAAAAGAGAGUUCGACCAGCGUAAGAAAAGGUUUACUGUGACUAAAACUGUUUAAAACAGCCCGACAGGAGACAAGAAACGUAGGAAGGACCAGGAAGGAGGAAAGGAUCCACAAACCAGAUGAAGGUUUUAAUCCCUGAGAUUCGCUAGAGCAAAACCCCUUUAACAGCUGAACGCACACCUGUGAAACAAUCCUAGGUACUGAGCGGUACGAUGGAGCAGCAAGUGUCAAACGUGGAGAGAGAAAAGAUAUCCUGUUCGAUCUGUCUUGAUGUACUGAAAGAUCCGGUGACUAUUCCCUGCGGACACAGUUUUUGCAUAAACUGUGUUCAAGAACACUGGAAUUCAGAGGAUCAGAGGGGAACGUACAAAUGCCCUCAGUGCAGGAAAACCUUCAGACGUAGGCCUGUUCUUAAGAAAAACAUCACGUUAACAGCUGUUGUGGAAGAUCUGAAGAACUCUGAACUGCAAGCUGCUCCAGCUGAUCAUCACUAUGCUGGACCUGAAGAUGUGGCCUGUGACGUCUGCACUGGGAGGAAGAUGAAGGCUUUAAAGUCCUGUCUUUAUUGUCCCGCUUCUUACUGCAGGGAUCACCUCCAGCCUCAUUAUGAUGCUCCACCAUUAAAGAAACACAAGCUGGUGGAACCAUGCAAGAACCUCCAGCAGAACGUUUGUUCUCGCCAUGAUGAGGUGAUGAAGGUCUUUUGUUGUACCGAUCAGCAGUGUAUCUGUUGUCUCUGCUUAUUGGAUGAGCAUAAAGGCCAUGAGACAGUCCCAGCCGCAGCAGAAAGGGCUGAGAAGCAGAAGGAGCUCCAGGUGACUGAAGAAGAAAUCCAGGGCAGAAUCUUUGAAUAUGAGUGUGAGCUGAGUACGCUUGAAAACGAGGAGGAGGUCAUCAAUACCUGUACUGAUGAAGCACUGAAGUACAAUAAGAAGUUCUUAAGAGAGAUGACGCGUCUCGUCCAGAAGAGAUGCUCUGACAUGAGGCAGCAGAUUCGAUCCCAGCAGGAAACUAAAAUGAGACAGAUCAAAGAGCUCCGGGAGAAGCUGGAGCAGGAGAUCCCCGAGCUGAAAAGGAAAUACGCCGAGCUGAAGAAGCUCUCAAGCACCGAGGACCACAGUCAGUUUCUCCUCAGCUACCCGUCACUGCCAGCGCCCGUUGAGUCCACACUCUCAUCCACCAUCGAGACGAGGUCUGAUACAGAUGAGACAAAGAUGAUAGAGGAACUACAGGUCUUCCUGGGAGACAAUUGGUCAAAACCCUUACUGACGGACACCGAAGUGGACAUUCUAGUGUCCGGAUGGGAACCAAUAACGGUUGGUGGAUUUUCAGAUUUUAAACAAGAAAUAAAUCUCGAUCCCAAGACGGCAAACAAAUACUUGUUGUUGUCUAAGUAUAACACUAAAGUAACAUUGACGAAAAAAAUACAGCGUUAUCCUGACCAUCCGGGCAGAUUUGCUGGAUGGUACCAAGUAUUGAGUGAAGAAAGUCUGACCGAACGCCAUUUCUGGGAGGUGGAUUGGGUAGGGGAAUCGGUUUAUGUAGCGGUUUCCUACAAGGAUAUCAACAGAGCAGGAACCUCGAAAGACUGUGCGUUUGGGUUCAAUGACAAGUCGUGGGCUAUGCAUUGUAAAAAAGAGUCUUGCACUUUUUGGCACAACGGCAUCAAAACCGACCUAUCAGCUCCGGUUGCCUCCAGAGUAGGGGUGUACCUGGACCACAAAGGAGGUUUGCUGUCUUUCUACAACAUCUCUUCAAGAAUGACUUUCCUCCACAGAGUCAAGACCACAUUCACCCAGCCUCUACAUGCCGGGAUUUGGCUUUCAGAUGAAGGAGACUCUGCCUUUUUCAACAGAGAUGAUUUGGAAGGGUGAUCCUAAGAAUGAUCUUCCUUUUACGUUCUCUAUAAAGUGUGUGAAUAAUUAGCGUUCUCAGUUGAUAAAUGUAACAAACCUCUGUUCACAAGGCUGAUUCAUUCAAUCCCUGGUGUUGCUUUGUCAAACCAAAUGUUCCCCUUGAUGUACGUAUAAGCAGAUGGAAAUGAUAGUUAGCAUGAUCAUCACCAAUCAGGACAUCUGGAUUGGGUUUUGUGUUAAAUUCAGAUUCUGAAUAGGUUGAAGUGAUUUUCUAGAUCUAAUUACUGAUCUGUCGGGUUUUGUUGGUUCAAUAAAGGAUUGAAGUCA